ACACGAGUGAGAUCUUGAACUUCUUGAACCACAUCAAUCGCAGCCAUGAAGCCGCGUAAUACAACGAGGGCGCUUCGCUCUAUACACUCACUCACAGCUCCGACAAGACAUCGGCCCAGACCACUCCCCUAUGUACGACCCACCGUUUCAAUUUCCGCAAACCCAGCUCCCCGACUCUCUUCCACUAUCUCAUCUACGCCCGACGCCUCGAAAUCCUCCGUCGACCCAACAGAAGUAUCCCACUUCAAUGCGCUCGCAUCAAGUUGGUGGGAUCCCACCGGCCCCUCGCGACUCCUCCACCUCAUGAACCCACUCCGCCACGACUUCAUAUCGCGAUGUCGAGAGACAACACCAGGCUCACCGGCCUCCUCUUCACAACUCCGCUAUCUCGACAUCGGCUGCGGCGGUGGAAUCUUCGCUGAGUCUGCAGCACGGCUUCCACACACGCAAUCCGUUACCGCCAUAGACCCCACACCCGAAGUCCUCAAAAUCGCACAAGGCCACAAGAGACGAGACCCCGCGCUCAUGGCCUCGAGCAAACUAACCUACCUUAACACAUCUAUCGAAGACCUGCCUCCUCCCUCAUCCCCCGAACAAGCCUUCGACGUCGUGUCCCUCUUCGAAGUCCUCGAGCAUGUCAACGCGCCCGGUCCCUUCCUCGACCACGUAAUACAGCACGUCAAGCCCGGCGGCUGGCUCAUUCUCAGCACAAUUGCAAGGACAUGGGCGAGCUGGGUGGUGACUAAUGUGGUGGCGGAGGAUGUGCUGGGCAUGGUGCCGAAGGGGACGCAUGAGUGGAGUAAGUAUGUUAAUGAGCAAGAGUUGCGGGAGUGGUUUAGGAAGAAAGAGGGGUGGGGAAGUAAUGGUGGAAUCAAGACGAUGGGUGUGGUGUAUGUACCUGGGCUGGGAUGGAAGGAGGUCCCUGGUGGUGAGGGAUGGGGGAAUUAUUUCUUUGGCGUUAGGAGAGAUAGGUAGGAUGUAUCUGUAGGUACGAUACUCAAUUGUACACAUGAUACCCGAGAUAGCAAUGUACGGUAUGUAUCCAAGGUUGUGCCGAUUGUACGGCUAUGGCAUCAGACGAUGUGCGAUGAGCCAGCGUCUCAUACGUCCCUUUUUCAGUCGGGAGAUCCAGAUCUGACAGUCAACGAUCCCAUGCUAUCCACAAACGCCGCGUACUGCCUCCUCGAUCCAUCAAUAAUGUACACACCCCCUCAUAUCAUCACUCCGCAUCUAGAGUG